GGGGAAGGCGCGGGGCAGGCCGGGGCGCAGGCCCAGGUGGAGGAGGCAGGCGACCUAGAGAGCGAGGCGGGGGAGGAGAGCGAGUCCCGGGAAAUCAGUGACUCGGAAGAAGAGAGCGAGACGGAGGAGGAGAGCGAGGAAGAGAGCGAGGGCGACAGUGAGGAAGACAUGGAGGACGAGCAAGAGAGCGAGGCGGAGGAAGACAACCACGAAGAUGGAGAGUCGGAGGCGGAGGGGGAAACUGAGGCAGAGAGCGAAUUUGACCCAGAGAUAGAAAUGGAGGCGGAGAGAGUGGCCCAGAGGAGGUGCCCGGACCACGGGCUCGACUUGAGCACCUACUGCCAGGAAGAUAAGCAGCUCAUCUGUGUCCUGUGUCCGGUCAUCGGGGCCCACCAGGGCCACCAGCUCUCCACCCUGGACGAAGCCUUCGAAGAGCUACGAAGCAAAGACUCAGGCGGAUUAAAGGCGGCAAUGAUAGAAUUGGUGGAAAGGUUAAAGUUCAAGAGCUCAGACCCUAAAGUAACUCGGGACCAGAUGAAGGUGUUUAUACAGCAGGAAUUUAAGAAAGUUCAGAAAGUGAUUGCUGAUGAGGAACAGAAGGCCCUUCAUCUAGUGGACAUCCAGGAAGCGAUGGCCACAGCUCAUGUGACUGAGAUUCUGGCAGACAUCCAAUCCCACAUGGACAGGUUGAUGACUCAGAUGGCCCAAGCCAAGGAACAACUCGAUACCUCUAACGAAGCAGCUGAGCCAAAGGCAGAGGGUGACGAGGAAGGACUCAGUGGGGCCAGUGACGAAGAGGACACAUGAAGGCUCGCCACCCCCAGCGGAGAACCAUUCCUUCCCCCUGUGUGUGUGUGACAGCGUGUAUGUAACGGCUUCUGACUCUGUGAAAGCUGCCCGGCAACCAAUGUCCUUCCACCCAUACGUCCCCAGGCCCUCAGCAGGCACAUAGCUCUCCGGGGAUGCCCGUUUCAUGCUCGCUGACUGUGUGCUUCUCAUUCUUGUGUCGUGGUGGGUUAAGGAAGAGUGCCCCUUGGAUCAACCAGGAGCAAUUGGGAAGGGUCCUUCAGGUAGCCCCUCCAUGGCUGCUUUGAACUGACUAAGAAAGCCAGCCCCUGGAAUAUUUGGGACCCAGAUGUACCUCCUCACUAGGAAGGUUCUGGAGUAACCUUGAAGGGCAAUCAGAAUAUUUUCCCUACCUGCCACCUUAUUCCUAUUGAAGCAUGAAACAAAUGAGGCAGAGUAGGGCUGGACCCACAUAAAUAGUCUCUAAAAGUCCAGUGCAUUUGUGAAAAGGUGGUUUCCUGAAAUAAGAUGGAUUGUUUAAAGACAGGGUUGGAGAAAGAGUUAAAAUUCAGACAUAUUUAGAGAUAUUUUUAGUACAUGAGGUUAUCCAGGACUUCAGAUUCAUAAUCCAGUGCUGUGGAAAUGAAAAAAAAAAUGAUUGAAGACUUAGAAAGGAAAUAACAUUUUUAAAAAAGAGGACCAAAGAGAUCUGAUUAAACGUUGAAAUCAGUUUUCUGAACCCAAAUUGUCUGAGUUUCCAAAACAGUCACUGAAGGAUCUGAUGGACCUGAAUGAGUGGGCGAGUUCUGAGAUUUGAUGAAUUUUGUCACAUGAAAGGCUGGGAUGUGUAUUACCAAGUGGGAAUUUUCAAUGUAGGAUUUUGCCCUACACACACACACACACACACACACACACACACACACACACUUAGCCUAAUUAAUUUGGCUUAAAUGCAGUGUGGGGAGAGUUCUUGUCACUCACGAUGUACGGAAUGGAGCUGAGCUUUGUCUCUCAGUAGAUACCCUCCCUGCACGGCAGCCGGAGCCCCUCUGCCUGUGCACUCCCGGCCAGCUCUCCCUGGAGCAUCUCCCCGCCGAAACCUUCUCUCUAGUCACGUGAGCAGACACAUCAUGCUCCCAGAUCCCAGCUCCUCACAGCCAGGUUUUCAUGCUCAAAUGAGCAGUGGUGUCCUAGGGAAUGCCACACUGCUAAAACACCUGCAUCUUCAGCAUCCGUCUUACUUAGAUAGUUUGGAAUCAGGGGGUGACCUUAUUUUUAGGUAAAACAAACAGUUAUAGCAUGAAAUAGAGUUUCGUACAUAUCAGCGUGGUUAAGGUAAAAUGGGAGCCCCCACAGGAAAUUCUCAUUUGCAGGUGGGGUGGGUGCUCCCUCUCCUCGGCCUUUAGUGGCACUUUGGUCUUCAUUUCUGAGAAGGACCAUUGGAACUGUAUCCUGGUGUCCCUGGGGCUCCUGCUGACUGGGGCGUACACUUCUGGUGCCUCUGAGGCACCCAAGGAGCCUACCCUGGGGAACCCCCUCUUCCUGCCUGCUGCCUGCCUGCCUGAUCCCUGGACCCAUUACAUAGCUUUCGGGCCUGCUGACUUUUGUGUGCACAGUAUGGUUUUGAGGCAGAAACAAUACUUAUGUGCUGUAGGAAUCCUAUGUAUAUCAUUGUUCAGUCCUGUGCAUGCUACUCAAUGACCAUUCCUUUGGUGCCAGGAGGCUACCAGGCAUGUAUACUUCUGGGUUAGGGUUAUCCUAGCUCACUAAAUAUGUCAGGGCUUAUUUAUAAAUUUGAGAGAAGUUUGGACUGUUAAGGGGGGAAAAGGGUAUUUUUCUCUCAAACUAGUAGCCAACAAAUGGCCAAGACAAUGGCACUGUACCUGUCUGCCUGCAAAGGCUGGAGAAUCCCACAUAACACUGAUGACAGCUCCAACCCAUCCGAUGAAACGCCCCUUAAAGAAGAACCAAUGGCCUCUCUUAAAAUAAGAGCUUUAAAACGAGACAAUUAAGAUGUGGGAACUCAUGUUAUCUUCUCCAAAUAUUCUUUUUCAAUCUCUACAUAGUAGCCUUGUCUCAGCAAUGGACAGAUCACUGGCCUCUUCAUACCUGAUCCCAUGUUACUUUAAAUCGGUUUUUGGGAAACCCAAGCAUUUAUGCAGAGGAUAUGAAAGGAAAUGUGAAAAUGCAUGCCAGCCUGUCUCCAUAAGUUAUUGUAUCCCUGUAGUCCUCAAGGAAAGCACUUCUGCUUUUACUUAGAGAGGAUUUCAGACUCACUUUAUGGGUUCCUGCUGUCCUCAGCACCUGAUAAAACUUUAAGCAGGGAAGCAUGAAACAGUGCAGCAGCGUCUGCCAGGCUCCCGAGUUCCUGCCGGCAGCGUUGCCAACAUCAGAAUGAGGAUGCUUCCUGCAGCGGCACCGGCUUCCCAGAGCUGCAGCUGCAGGCACCGUGAGCCCCAGCGUGGUGAGGCCUCCCUCCCGCAGGUCCUACACUCUGUGCUCCAAGUCCUGUCCUGACUGCCGCAGGCUCUGCAGAAAUCCCAGGAGAGGUCAUGCAGGCAGGCAGCUAAUGAGCAUCUUCAGGAUGAACUGGGUCCUAACACCAAUGUCUGGCUGCCUUCCAAAUAUCGGGUGUCUGGAGGCUGACGGGGGCAGGGGGGUGGAGCGUGUUUGUUUUUAUUUGAUGUCAUUAAAUUCAGUGCCAUUCCAAGAAAUGCUUGGAGUCUCAGCUCUGACAACCAGGAAGGGAAAUAACCUAUACUGGGGACCAACUAUGGACCAGGCCCUGUACUAGGCCCCCGUUCCCAGAUGAUGAAGCCGAUUGGGAGUGGAAGACUCACUUGCCUUGACCUACUAGGAAAUAUUGGAGCCGGGUUUUGAGCCCAGCUCCCCCUAACUCUGUGGCCCAUGGUCCAUCUCAGUACAAAGGGCGAAAGGCGGCAGCGCCCCCCGCCUCCCUGCAGUGCGACCACCCACUUUAUGACUUCUUUUUCAGAAUUACAUUGUAUGGCUGUGGUUUGGGCUCAGAGAAGGCAUCAAAGUUGCCUAUUCUUCCUCUUCAGCAGGUGCAUUAAGUACGAGUUGCUAAUUUAAGCCCGCCCCCAGAAGCCAUCCCCCCCCCUAAGAAUUUCCGGGCCUUCAAGAGUAUACAGCUUCUCAGCAGCAGUAAAGGGGGAGGGGGUCUGCUGUUAGGAAAGGAAGCCAUCAUGUUUCAGUCCCCUCAGCCAGGUCUGUGCCUGGGCGGGGGUGGCCAUUCAUAGUCCACUGAGCCUUGCUGAUACCUGGUAUGCGUGUGGACAUAAAGGUAAGUGUAUGUGUAUGUACAUACACGCACACGCUCACAAUUUAAGAACAAAGGGAAUUCAAAGCAGCCCCUCAUGCUGCAUGCCACCGCAAAGGUGUCUGCCAGCCCUGAUUACACAUGUCACCAGACAGUCGGAGCUUAGGGGCUGACAGGAUGCCAGCAGGAGGAGCAGCUCCUUGGCAGAGGUUGCCAGGUCCUAAGGCACUGAGCCCGGGUGACAGCCCUGCUGGGUGGCCUAGUGAAAAGGGAAGUCUGCCAACCCAUUCUGGGGCUCGGAGUCUGACCCCUCCGGUCAGCCUGUGGGCACAGCUGCCGAAUUCACAACCGGUAGGAAAGGCAGGGCCCUGAGGCCUCUUCCCACCAGAAAACAUUCUCCUACCAGUGCCUGAAACCCCACACUCACGUGAUGGCUGCUCAGUGCUUUUUGAUAAGAAAAUCCGUUGCAAUGUUUCCCAUGUGCCUAGCACACCUGGGAUUUUGUGUUUAAAGAACAAAUCUCAUUGUGGAUGGACUCGGCCCAGCCCUGAGAGCAAAAGAUGGCCCAUUAGGGAGACUUCUCAUCGCAUUGUCUGUGCCCAGCUCACCCCAGCCAAUUCCAAGCACCAUAAGGCCAGGCAGUUCGGCCCUCCGGGGCCUGCCAGGUAAAACAGUGCCAUUCGGAACUGAGAACACACCAGAAAUCGCAGAACGUGCAUCAGAGCAAGAAAAUGGAAAUAAAUUCAGACAGUCGUACACCUGCUGGUGUAAAAAAGUGCCACAGAGCCUGGGCUGGGUGUGAUGUGACCUUGAGGGGACAAUAGAUUCAUACUUAAUGGGAGCUAAGCCUGAUGGGUCUCUCUACUGUGACAGGCACUACUGCCUGGGGGGGAGAACACGACCUGCUGUCCUCUGCCUGUUGUCCUGUGCAGUCCCAUCCUUCCUUACUCAUCGUCCCCCUCCCCCCUUUACGUUAAACAAGGGAGCACUCAAUCUUUCAAGGGAACCACUCGUUUGAGUUAAUGUUUCAGUACAUCAUCUUCAUACUGUAAAUUAUUUUGUAAGAGCGAUUUACCGCCAUCCCAGGAUGUUUGGACUCAGCGCCCCUGUGCAUUUGGAAAUCAAUAAACUAUUACUGGAAAUAC